CCACUUUAAAUACUGCCAACGAUCGCAGCAGAGAAUCAGUUCACUCAGCGACUUUAGCGUGUCGAGAACGCACAGAGAAACGAUUUCGAAAACACACACACACACAAAACUAUACCCAUAACAUUCGAAAACCAUUCGAAAUCCCGUUCGAAAUCGCGAACAAUUUGAGAAACAUAAACAGAAUAUUUUUUCCAAGUGAGCCGCGUGAAAGUGAAGUGAAAGCAAAGGAAAGCAAUUAACUAAAUUGGAACUAAGCCACUGCAAGGAUUACGACAUUCGGAUACGAGAUGCAUCUGCCAGCGGGUCCAACGAUGGUGGCCAACAACACACAGGUCCUGGCCGCCGCCGCCGCCGCAGCAGCAGCCGCCGCAGCAGCCGCAGCAGCCGCUUCACAUCAGGGCCAUGCAGCGGCCAUCGCCUCCCAUCCUCCCUCCGCCGCCAACCUGGCCAAUUUGGCCAACUUGGCCAAUACCAGCACCCAUUCGGCCAGCUCCACGGGCAGCUCGACCCCGGAUCUCAGUACAAACAACAACAACACCAGCUCGAGCAGCAAUGCCACCAAUGCGACGACGACGACGGCGACAACGACGACGACGACGACGACGAACAACGGCAGUCCACAGAAUUCGGCCAAAAUGCCCAGCUCGAUGACCGAUAUGUUCGCCAGUCUGCACGAGAUGCUGCAGGAAUAUCACGGUGAGCUGGCCCAAACCGGCUCACCGUCGAUCCUGUGCAGCGCCCUGCCCAACCACUGGCGGUCCAACAAGUCGCUGCCCGGCGCCUUCAAGGUGAUCGCUUUGGACGAUGUGCCCGAUGGCACCCUCGUCUCGAUCAAGUGCGGCAACGAUGAGAACUACUGCGGCGAGCUGAGGAACUGCACCACGACCAUGAAGAACCAGGUGGCCAAGUUCAACGAUCUGCGGUUCGUGGGAAGGUCGGGACGGGGCAAAUCCUUCACGCUGACCAUCACCAUUGCCACAUAUCCCGUGCAGAUCGCCAGCUACAGCAAGGCCAUCAAGGUGACCGUCGACGGGCCACGGGAGCCAAGAAGUAAGCAAAGCUAUGGCUAUCCCCAUCCCGGCGCGUUCAAUCCCUUCAUGCUCAAUCCCGCUUGGCUGGAUGCGGCGUACAUGACCUACGGCUAUGCGGACUACUUCCGCCACCAGGCGGCUGCCCAGGCGGCCCAGGUGCAUCAUCCGGCGCUGGCCAAGUCAUCGACGUCGUCGGUGUCGCCCAAUCCCAAUCCGGUGGCCACCAGCUCCUCGUCGGCGGUUCAAUCGCCCGCCGAAUAUCCCCAUUCCCAUCCACAUCCGGCGGCAGCGGCGGCGGCGGCGGCGGCGGCGGGUCAACCUACAGCCAUGAUGCCAUCGCCACCGGGAGGAGCUCCGGCCACACCCUAUGCCAUGCCCCAAUUUCCGUUCAACCAUGUGGCAGCUGCAGCCGCCGCCAAGGCCGCCACGCCCCAUGCCUUCCAUCCGUACAACUUUGCGGCGGCCGCCGGCUUGCGGGCCCGCAAUGCUGCACUGCAUCACCAGGGCGAUCCCGCCCACGUCAGCCCCGCCUCCUCGAGGCCAUCCAGCUCCUCGCCCACCCAACAGCAUGUGCUGCUCAAGCUGAACACUUCGAUCGAGACGAGCUCGAUCCACGAGCAGUCCGCCUCCGAUGGCGACUCCGAUGACGAGCAAAUCGACGUGGUCAAGUCGGAGUUCGACCUGGACAAGGGCCUCGAUGUGGCGCCGCUCCGCAUGCGCUGCGACCUCAAGGCUCCGUCGGCCAUGAAGCCGCUCUACCACGAGAGCGGAACCGGAGCGGCGGCCAACAACCAUCGCCAGCCAUCGCCGGAGACGACCACGAAGAUCAAGAGCGCCGCCGUUCAGCAAAAGACCGUGUGGCGGCCCUACUAAUCGACACCAAAAACCAGGUCCACAUCCACAACGAGAUCCAGAUCUAGAUCCAGAUUCAGAUCAAAAUCUUUGGAGUGGUAGGCAAGGGGAAAAAAUUAAGAAAAAAAAACAAAGUGAUAAAACAGCGGCGGCGCAGAGCGGCAAGCGGGCAAAAAUUAUAAUUGUGAUAUAGUGUUAUAAGUUACGACGCCUCCGGCCGGCAAACGGAGCAGCCUCAUCAUUGGGAUUGAAGGAUACAUCAUUCACCAUUCACCAUUCAUCAUUCAUCAUUCAUCACCAGCAUUAGCAGUUAGCAGCGGCGAACAUGGAUAAAGGACCCCCUCCUGAACUUCAGACUCCGGCGAAGUUUUAUGCUCGGAUUCAUAAAAUCGUGCGACGAGUUCGAAAAACAGGCCCUCGAUUUUCACCAGGAUUUUCUACAAAUCCCAGCCGAAAGCAAAAUAGCUCAACCCCAAAAAGGAAAAAAGAAAAAGAAAAAAAAUCAACUUUAGUUCAAUUUCAUUUCACCAAACACCAAACAUUUUGUACAUAGCUAAACUAGUUUGUAACACUCUCAACUUUAUUUUAGUUUUUUUUUUUUUUGAGUACCCAUUUUUUUCGAUGCGAUAAUAUAUGCGAAUUUAGCUAUUUUUAAUCUUUAUGUUUAACUAGUCGUCUAAGCGAGAAAUCAAUUUUUUUGUCUAGCCGUAAGUUUUAGCGCGAAAAGAAAUCUAACACAAAAAAUCGAAUUUGAAACAAAACCAAAUAAAAAACAAAAAUGACACA